ACCGUUCACUCGACACGGAGACAGUUGGUCGAUCAGUUUAGCUUUAUACAUACACAUGAGACAAUAUGGAAGGGCCGACGGGCUCGCUGCCACCUCCACAAGACCCCGGGAAAUUCUUCACCCCGCUCCUCAUCUCCUUGGCCUGCAUGAUCGGCACGUGCCUCGUGAUCGUGGCGUACCACCUCAUCGUGGUGAAGUACUGCCUCAGCCGCACGCGCCAGCGGCUGAUCGCCGAUGAGAUCCUUGCCCGGCAUAACCUCCCAGCGGCUGCCUCUGCCAAUAACUGUUCGUCCCUCGGAGUGGAGGAGAAGGUCCUGAAGACGAUCCCGGUUAUCACGUACUCCUCCGGGAAGGGGAAUCCCCACUUCCGGGUGGAUCAGAGGGAAUGUGCGGUCUGCCUGGGGGAAUUGGAGGAUGGGGAGGCCGUGCGGCUGCUUCCAAGCUGCCGCCAUGCGUUCCAUGUAACGUGCAUCGACCAGUGGUUCCUCGCGCACUCGAGCUGCCCGAUGUGCCGAUUGCCCGUGGUUGGCCCAGCGGUGGAUCAGGAUCAGGUGGAAUUGGAAAAGCCCCUACCAGCACCCUGCAGCAGCAACGUGCAUUCUACUUCGCCGGAGCGGUUGUUGAGCGCGAGAUUGCUCCGGCACAGCGUGUCCUUUGUGAUGCCGCCGGGGGAGAAAUUGGGGCUCCCUCCAUGCAGGACUGCGGGCCUGAAGCGGUCAUUCUCCAUGAUGGAUCCAUCCCAUCUUGUCAUCGACAUCGAACGAGACCAAGUGAAAGCGACUUCUUCUUCAUCAUCGUCAUCAUCUUCUUCUUCCCAAGAGGCACUGUUACGGAGUACUAGUGAUUCUACGAGACGGUUCGAUCAACUGUCAUCUAGGUUGCUCCGGUCGUUCUCGCAAUUGCGUAUCGGGAGGACCGGAUCCGGAAGCAGUGCAACCACAGCUCUUCCCAAUUAGUGCUUAGGAGAACAAUAUUGGAUUGUCUAAAUAGGAAAAGGUAUUAAAGAGAAAUAGGAGUUCUUAACAUUGAUCAGAAAAAAAGGAGACGGUCAAAUCUCUUCACGUAGUCAAAUGAUUCACAAUUCUCAUAAUUAAACUGUUCCAGAGUUCGUAAUUAAA